GCGGAGGAGCCGUGGCGGUGUCUGUGGACCCACAGUGACUCCUUGCGGCCCGCUGUGGCUAUUACAGGCGAGGCUCUGCCCGAGACGUUCAGGAGGAGGAGGAACAUAGCGGGCGGUUUCCUGACUGCGAGGGAAGAGAGGAACUGGGCUGCAGGAGCUUCGGCUGCUCGCGGCUGCUCCUCCGGGGGUGCAGAAGCCUUCGUGACACGGCCGGUCCCACGGAGUCUCUGUCCUGCUACAUCCGAGGCUUUUUGGAGGAAUUUGGAUGAACCCUCUUUCCAGGCAUCUAAACAUCCAGAAGAACUGCUGAGAUGUUCCAACAAGCCCUUCUAUCUACUCUUCUUUGCAUGGCUCUAGUACCUCUCCAUGCUCAGUUUGAUGAUGAACCUGUUACCUCCUGUACAGAAAAGACAGAUUGCCCCAUCAGUGUGUACUUCGUCAUUGACACCUCAGAGAGUAUUGCUUUGCAGACUGUGCCUAUCCAGAGCCUUGUGGAUCAAAUAAAGCAGUUCAUCCCGCGAUUCAUUGAAAAACUGGAGAAUGAGGUAUACCAGAACCAAGUCUCCAUCACUUGGAUGUUUGGAGGACUUCAUUACUCAGAUGUGGUGGAAAUUUACAGCCCUUUAACAAGAAGCAAGGACACAUACCUCACCAAGCUCCGUGCUAUUAAGUACCUUGGCCGGGGCACCUUCACGGACUGUGCUAUCUCCAACAUGACACAGCAAUUCCAGGGCCAGACAGCCCGCGAUGUGAAGUUUGCGGUGGUCAUCACUGAUGGACAUGUCACUGGCAGCCCUUGUGGGGGAAUGAAGAUGCAAGCUGAGAGGGCACGUGACAUGGGGAUAAAGCUCUUUGCCGUGGCCCCCAGUGAGGACGUCUAUGAGCAGGGCCUGCGGGAAAUUGCCAGUCCACCACAUGACCUGUACCGCAGCAACUACACCAUCACACCGAAAGACGCCCUGCACAUUGAUGAGAACACUAUCGAGAGGAUAAUCAAAGCGAUGAAACAUGAAGCCUAUGCUGAGUGCUACAAGAUGAGCUGCCUGGAGAUUACAGGUCCAGCUGGUCCCAAGGGAUACCGAGGGCAGAAGGGUGCAAAGGGAAACAUGGGAGAACCAGGCUCCCCUGGACUGAAGGGACGGCAGGGUGACCCAGGUAUUGAAGGUCCAAUCGGAUAUCCCGGUCCCAAGGGUGUUCCAGGGCUGAAAGGAGAAAAGGGCGAGAUUGGAUCCGAUGGACGGCGGGGCGCAGCUGGUUUGGCAGGCAGGAAUGGCACCGAUGGCCAGAAGGGCAAGCUGGGGAGAAUUGGACCACCAGGCUGCAAGGGAGAUCGCGGUGACAAGGGCCCUGAUGGCUACCCAGGAGAUGCAGGAGACCAAGGUGAAAGAGGAGAUGAAGGCAUGAAGGGAGAUCCUGGCCGACCUGGUCGCAGUGGACCCCCAGGACCUCCAGGAGAAAAAGGGAGCCUGGGAAUUCCUGGCAACCCUGGAGCUCAAGGACCUGCUGGAAGCAAAGGAAGAAAAGGUGAAACAGGACCUCCUGGACCCAAAGGAGAGCCUGGUCGACGUGGAGAUCCAGGGACGAAGGGCAGCAAAGGCGGUCCAGGGACCAAGGGAGAAAGAGGAGAUCCUGGUCCAGAGGGUCCCCGUGGCCUGCCUGGUGAGGUUGGAAACAAAGGAGCAAGGGGAGACCAAGGAUUGCCAGGACCCCGAGGCCCUACAGGUGCUGUGGGAGAGCCAGGCAAUAUCGGAUCACGUGGGGACCCUGGAGACUUGGGCCCAAGAGGUGACGCGGGACCACCAGGACCAAAGGGUGAUAGAGGCAGGCCUGGCUUCAGCUACCCUGGACCCAGAGGACCGCAGGGUGACAAGGGUGAGAAGGGGCAGCCAGGGCCCAAGGGAGGAAGGGGUGAGCUUGGACCAAAAGGAGCACAAGGGACAAAAGGAGAGAAGGGGGAACCGGGUGAUCCUGGCCCAAGAGGUGAACCUGGCUCCCGAGGCCCAACUGGCGAAGCAGGCCCAGAGGGGACCCCUGGCCCACCAGGAGAUCCUGGCCUGACUGACUGCGAUGUGAUGACAUAUGUGAGAGAGACGUGCGGAUGCUGUGACUGUGAGAAGCGCUGCGGUGCCCUGGAUAUCAUGUUCGUCAUAGACAGCUCAGAGAGUAUUGGUUACACCAACUUCACUCUGGAGAAAAAUUUUGUUGUAAACGUGGUCAGCCGGCUGGGCUCCAUCGCCAAGGACCCCAAAUCAGAGACAGGUGCCCGUGUUGGGGUGGUACAGUACAGUCACGAGGGGACCUUUGAAGCCAUCAAGCUUGAUGAUGAGCGCAUCAAUUCGCUGUCAAGCUUCAAAGAAGCAGUAAAGCGCCUGGAGUGGAUUGCUGGAGGCACCUGGACACCUUCUGCUCUUCAGUUUGCUUACAAUAAGCUCAUCAAAGAAAGCCGUCGAGAGAAAGCCCAAGUGUUUGCUGUGGUGAUCACAGAUGGGCGUUAUGACCCUCGGGAUGAUGACAAGAACUUAGGGGCUCUUUGUGGCAGAGAUGUGCUUGUCAACACCAUUGGCAUUGGAGACAUAUUUGAUCAGCCAGAACAGAGUGAGACCCUAGUCUCCAUUGCCUGCAAUGAACCUCAGCGAGUCCAGAAGAUGAGGCUCUUCUCAGACCUUGUGGCAGAGGAAUUCAUAGACAAGAUGGAGGACAUGCUCUGCCCAGAUCCACAGAUUGUCUGCCCUGAGCUACCCUGUCAGACAGGUUUUCAUCCCCUGCUCUUUCCUGUCCCUCUGAGUUAUCUUCACAGAGGGGAAGUAGUCCCAGAAUGAUCAGCAAUCUGAAGACAGAGAAGCUGAAAUUGCUCCUGACUAAAAGCUCUGACCACUACACUAACAUUCUCAGUAUUUGCACCUGGUCACGCAGGUGAUGCCAAACCAUGAUGCUGAGCUAUCAACACAAACCGUGCAGUGAUUUCUGAGGAGAUAUGUCCUGUGGAUACAUGAACAAGGAAGAAACUUCUCCAUGCCACACUAGAGACUGAUCAGGUGUCUUCAAAGGUUUUGGUCUUUGUAGCCUCCCCAUUUCUAAGAAAUACUGUGAGAGAGAAACUGACCAGAGAAGUUGAGCAUUCACAUUUUCUAAGGCUCUGACCAUCAGAACUCUCCAAAGCAAGGCAAAUUUGGCUAUCCUUUCCCUGUAGUACACUUGGGAGUCUCUGUUCCAGAUGCAAGGUGAGAACAGUUUGCUGGUACCUGAUACGCAUGGGGACCAGAUCAGAAAUGGCAGCUGGUGGAGCUCAAGAAGGCAUCUGACGGUGUUCCUUCCUGGGUAAUGCCUCAAACUAUGCCAUAGGUGGGCCAGGUCAUGUGCAGGCUCUACACCUGCUCCCCAGAGGAUGGGGGAGAUGGAAUGUUGUCCCUGGGUAGGUGUGGACCUCCUGUGAAAGUGCCAAUGCACCCUCCUCAGCACGGGGAAAAGUUACUAUGGUGUACAAGGACUUGUGCUAGGCCUGGUGGGCCAAGUUUUAAGUCAUAUUCAGGGACCUGGGGGCGUUUGGGCAAAGCACCAUCUGCCUGCUGCAUUGGAAGGGCCAUAAUGCAUUGCUGCCAUCAUCUAGAAGGAUUUGCAAUGACUUCAUUUGCACAGUGGUAAGGAAAGGUGUUGGGUGAGAGGUGAUGUAAGGAGUGUGACAGAGCCUGGGGAUUCUCUGCUUAUUGUUCAGCUUCCUGUUGUUUUCUGAGAGCAUUUUCAGGAGCUGGUGCCAAUUAAUAUGUAGACUUUUGGGAUGGAGAUGGAGACCUUUGCAGGAUAUGUGAGUGAGUUACAUGCAUACCUGAUGCAUGUGUCCAGCUGCAAACUCAUUAGAUAGGUUCAGGUCAGGGAUGGAACUAUGCUCAUCCCUGGUCAUGGCUCUUAGCUCUCAGAACUGCAAUACUGGCACUUAAAAGUGUGAAUCAAUUGCUCAUGCCAUGUACCCUAGCUCCGGCCUGUGUUUUGUCAGUAGGAUAUGGAGAGGGACUGCUAUGACCUGAACCCAGCUUCCUCCUUUCUGCCUUGUAGAGCCAAGCAUGUCACCACUUUGAGUUCCCAUCUGCAGAGGAAGGCAUGAUGCCUCCUUGACUAAGAAAAAACAGAUUUUCCUGCUUUCAAGGCAGAUACUUGUCUCCCUUUAAUCUUCCAUCAGUUACUGUGGUGCUUACAGGAUGCUGUGGUGUUUCUUGAUUUGGGCUCAGGUAGGGUCAGAUGCUGAGCAAAUCUGAACUGACCGCUUGCUUUAUUAGAAAGUGCAUGAUGCUCUGUGAGGCCCUUUCUAACCCGUGCAAAAGGCUUUGCUUUGAGCUUUGGGAUUUUAUUCAAAUGUCAUGGCAGCACAGCCAGGUGGAAACUGAGGUUCUCAGGGUCUUGAAGAGCAUGGACAACAUGCAGGAGCACUGUACACUACAGGAUGGUAUAUCCACCCAAAGCAUGGUGGACUAAGUGCCAGGCAAGUUCACAAAACACUGUCCCUUAGAUGUCUUUCCGUCUCUUGGAAUCAUGUGUACAGUUUGCAUGUAACAGAGUUCAAAGCUACUUGGUGGCUGAUCUCAAUGAAUUCCAUAUGCAGAAAGAAGUUGGAUUUUAUGGCCCUCUUCAUAAUUACCACUUUCUCCAUUGUGAAUACGCUGAACUAGUAAGGAAGGAACUGGGCAGCUAAGUUUUCACAUCAUUUUCCUUGGUCUCUUAGUCAAUGUGUUACACUAUGUCAGUAUGAUUCUCGUGGUUCCUUGAUCAUACAUUGGCAGAAAGUUAGUUGCCUUGCCACUAAAUUGUUAAAUACAGUUCAGACAUUGUAAGAUGCAGUAACUGGAUCAUAAGCAUACUGAAUUCAUUUCUCAGUAAUACGCACUUGAUUAUCUUUGCUUACAUAUUCCUGUGCUCUUCGGGAUUUAGUAACCACACAUUCCCCAGGUCAGAUGCCCCAGGCAGAAUACCUACAUAUACAAAUGCCUAGUUCCUCUCCAGCUUGUGGAAUCAUAGUUGCACAAGGGUCUGUACUCCCUUCAUCUCACCUCUCGGGGUACUUUCCUCAUCACCAAAGCAAUGCUUGAUGCCAGCUCCCUAUAGGGGCUGUUUUGCAGUGCACUGACAGCCUUCCCUUCUUCACAGUUGAUCUUUGGCUUCAGCCUUUCUGUGAGAGGCUCAGGAGUUCAGUUUCAGUGAGGGAUCCAUGUCCCACCCUGGAACACAUAUUCAAAUAUGACCACUGAGAGUUAGAUAUUGAGAUUUAAAAUCCAACUUUGGUCUUUACUUCUCUGUCCCUCAUGUAGCUCUGUUCUCCUCUGGUGCAGCAUGCAUAGGAAAGCCAGGUAGCAUUCAGAGACGCAGCCAUUGCUAGAAAGCCCUGAAAAUAUUCUUUUGACGCUCAC